AUGCAGACUUUCAGGCCCUUUGCCCUCGCUUUCUUUCUGGCCGCCGCCGGGUGUACCGUCAGAGCCGACACGACUUCAUGUGUUACUUCGGUCAAUACUCUUCCCACCAUCACCAGCACCAUUACUGGAAGCACCAGAACCUGGUCUGGAGACACUCCUGGUCUUGAUCGCCAGACGAGCAUCGUGUACACUACUCAGUACCCUGAGUUUUGCCCUACUGGGCUGCGUAUGCGUACCUACGCCAUAACUGCGUACUGCUCUAAGGCCGAGUGCUCACCUCAUACCGGUGCCCCGCCCGGUUUCACCUCGACAGUGGCUGUCUGCUCGUCCUGCGGUCAUGAGCCCAUCACCGCGACCCUCACUGUGCCGAUUGCCGAAGCCGCCCCGACCGGGGAGGUUGCCCACGGAGGAUUCGCUGGAAGCCAGAAGAACAUACCGAUUCCGUCCGGGCCUGAUGCUUGCACCACAUGCGGCGCCCAAGAGGACACUUCCCAUGGGUCGUCACCCAAGACAAUGCCUAUGCCCUCGAAUCAGUCUAUUAAACACCCCAACCCCGGGGCUGGUGGCUCCGAAAUUAUCACUGGCAACGAGGGAGAGGUGGCUGCCCCGCCAGGGGCUAAUGGUGGCGCCCAAGGGAACCGUCCCGAAGAGCCGUCAUUUGUGAUGGGAUCUGGGUCUUCGCAGCCAUCUGUCAAGCACCCUGCUGCUGUAACCGGCGGUCCUGGAGCUGCCCCCGGAAGUCAGACAGACAUGCCUCUCCCAUCAGAGCCGAGUCCCUGUUCCGCAUGCGGCGCCGCCAACAAUCUUCCCGACGAGCCGCCAUCCGGCUUCUCACAGCCAUUUCCCAAGCAGCCUGCUCCUACGGCUGGCAGCUCCAGAACCGCACCCAAAAGCGAGGUUCAUGAUUCCAUUGUCUCAGGGUCCAGCUCCUGCAAAACCUGCCAGGGCUCAGGAGACAUCCCCAGUCAUCCCUCAUCUUGGACAGUAUCCGUCUCGUCACACCCAUCUGCCGACCACCCGACGUCUCCUGCUGUAGGCCCCGAGACAACUGGUCCAGCCGUGGUUACAGGCACUGCAACAAAUUAUGUUAAUAGUCGUUUCGGGUUUGGUGUGAUCUUUGGGCUGGCCUUAGUUAUGCUUGGCGUUGUAGUCUGA